AAUUUGAAAUCUGAAAACUACUGAUAACAACGAAAAUGAAAAUGCGAUUUUGAAAAAAUGAAAUUCCAAGAAAAGAAAUGAAAAUUUUGGCCCGGAAAAUAAUUUGAAAGUAUUUUCAUAGCAAUACAGUUCUGAUGAAAUGGCAUUAUCUUAUAAACUACACAUAACUCAGGAAAUAUUUAAAAAAUUGCCACAAAAAUCCAAACUUGACUACAAUCAUGUGCUAUCGAACAUCAGAUUUAAUUUCGAUAGUAUUGCAAACAAUGUAUCUUUUACAUAUCGUUUGAAUCCUGAUGAGCCGGUCAAAUGGAACGAUUUAUCACCCAAGAAUGAAUUUAUCCGAAGUGUUCAGUUUUGUGAAAAUAAGAUUCAAUUCUCCGUUGACAUUGAAAAUUACCUGCUAUUCUCCUUAAACGAUUGUUUGCGUUUUAAUGCAACACAGUCUUUGAAAAAAGGAUCAAAAAAUGUGAUAGAUUUUAGUUCUCCAAAUAUAGCAAAACCAUUUCAUUUUGGACAUCUACGAUCGACCAUGAUCGGAAACUAUAUUUCAAAUAUAUCAGAACACAUGGGCGACAAAGUUAUUAGAAUCAAUUAUCUAGGUGACUGGGGCGUUCAAUUUGGCUUAUUGAAAUAUGGUUUGGAUGAAUGUGGUAUAAACAUCGAUAAACUGAAUGAAAACCCUUUGAGAGUGUUAUACGAAGCUUACGUUGCCGCUAACAGCAUUGCAGAACAGCAGCCUGAAGUUGGAGAACAAGCUAAAGAAAUAUUUCGUAAAAUGGAAUUUGCUGACCAAGAAAAUGAUGAUUUGAAAAAGUGGGCAUCAAUUCGUUCUCAAACAGUUGAUGAAAUUUCAAAAGUAUAUGAAAGAUUAGGUAUUCGAUUUGAUGAGUAUAACUGGGAAUCAGAUUACUCUGCCAAACGCAUUGAAGGUUUGAUCAAAACCUUAGUUGAUAGAAAUAUAGUUGUGAAAGAAAAUGAUGCUUGGGUAGCUAAACUUUACUGUAAUGAAUCAGUACCUUUCGUAAAAAGCGAUGGAACUACUUUGUAUUUAACUAGAGAUUUGGCAGCUGUCCUGGAUAGAUACCAACGUUACAAUUUUGAUAAAAUGUUGUACGUCGUUGAUAAUUCACAAUCAAAACAUUUUAGAAAUUUAACUCGUUUAGUUGAAAAGUUGGAUUCUCAAUGUGCUGAAAAAAUACAGCACGUAAUGUUUGGUAGAGUUAUUGGUAUAAGCUCACGUAAAGGAACGGCUGUCUUCUUGGACGAUAUUUUAAAUUCUAUUCGAGAAAAGAUGGAAGAAAAUAGGAAAAACACUAUAACCACAAAAGGCAGAAAUGACGAUGAGAUAGCCGACAUUUUAGGUAUUUCUGCCGUCGUAGUAAAUGAUUUGAAAAGAAAAAGAAAUACCAAUUACAAUUUUGAUUGGAAUUCAGUUUUUAACAGCAAAGGCGACACUGGAAUUAGAUUACAAUACAGUCAUUGUAGAUUGUAUAGUUUGGAAGAAAAUUGCGGAAUUAAAUUACCUAUAGAAUGUGAUCUCAGUGUGCUGAAAGAACCCGAAGCAGUUAAAUUAAUAAUUGAAAUUUCAAGAUACGAAGACGUAAUUGUGAAAUCAUAUAAUCAUCUUGAAUCUGGCAUUUUAUUAAAAUAUUUAUUCGAACUAUGCGAUGCUAUCAAUAGAGCCCAUAAAGUUCUCAGAGUUAAAGGAGAAAGUGAUCACGUGGCUUCGCAAAGACUGUUGAUAUUUCAUAAAGCUAGAUUAAUCCUAAAUACCGGUAUGAAAAUAAUCGGGAUUAAACCGCUGAAUCAGAUGUGAUUAUUGAGUACCAAUGACUGUUUUCAUAAUCUACAAUUACAAUGACGAGAGGAAGAAUUUUCAGGCACAUUUGAGUUAUUUUUCUGGGACCGGUCACACUCUUUUUCGAUUACAUCGUUUAGUAUCAAGUAACUCAAAAUGCAAGCGGUCAAUACAACAAAAAAUACGCGAAUAAAGUAUAUCAGUUUAAUUUUUUCCCACUUCAAAUAUAGGAAAGCUUUGCAUAAAGGAUGUUUUAAAAUAUCUUUAUGAUUUUCUUUCUGCAGAACAUACAGGAAACCUAUUUCUCCGAUGUUGGAAUUCGUGAUUAAUUCUCGGAAACUGAAUUUCAAGCUUUUCUCUGUAUUAUAGGCUAAUGACUUGGUGAGCCUUUUCCAUAUGGCGGGAACACUUUUCGGCGUUUUACGAUUGAUCAUAUUCAAAGCGGAAGUACCACUUUUGGUUUCAGCUGCAACAUUGGCACCGUUUAGGAUGAGGAAAGUUACACAUUCUUCUGCUUCGUUUAUGGCUGCUAAAUGCAAUGGCGUGUAACCGUAUCUGUGAAUAGAAUUAUAGAAUAAGAAAUAAUUCAGUAUGUAAACACCUAGCUAUACCAUACCUACUGAUUAAAUUGUGCUUAUAAUAAAGAUAAACCUAGCAACUUGGCAAGUCAGAAAAUCCCAUUUUAAAAUGUUUAGCAGUGAAGUUGGCCAAGGGAGGGAGUAGGGAGAGGAGCCACUCAGAGGGUCUGAGAUUUUGAGUGCAAUAACCCAGACUGAAAAUGCACACAUGUCUAAAUUUUCAUUUAAAAACAGGGCGGAAAGGUGAAAUUUGUUUUUAAAAAAGAUUUCACUGACCUUGUGAUUAAGGGAUAGUUCGGAAGUCAAUUUCGAAAAAAGAUUCAAAAUUUGAACUCGUUGCGUACCCAAAUAUUCGGAAAAUCAUGUCUCAAGAUUUAUUGGACUUUUCAUUUAUUUGACACUUCUUUUUGAGCGACAGAAGAGUUGGAUCAAAAAAAACCAUGAGUAUUCCUAUAUCAGCGCUCAAAAAUAAACAUAGCUUUUAACGAUGCACCGCAAUGUAAAUUUGUUUAUCUCACGCAGGUACAUAUCUGUAGAAAAGCACCAAAAUUUCUGGUGCCAAGUGCAUUUUUCAAUUUUUGGUGAAUUUUUAUAAAAAUCAAAUUUGGGCCAAAAAUGAAAAAAAAUCAAAAUUUUACCAGAUUGACUAACGAAACUGAAAUUUGGUGCGUUGUGUACCCUAUUGUGACGGUCGAAAUUAACUGGAAACCGUUUCGGAUCGUAGUAAGCAGUUCCAGAGCUUCCAACAAAUUUUUGAAUGCUGUAAUUUCCACAAAAUGUUACCAAAAUGAAGUUGGAAAGCUGAAAUUUACAGUAUAGAUUUAGGUACCUCUAUUUCAACAUUCUGAGUCAACUGGAGCUGAUUUUUUAAGCCGUUUUGGAGCCUCCGGUAAAAUUUUCAAAAUUCCUAUUCUCCAAAAAAAACGAAAUGAAGUCUAAAACACUGAAAUUCAAUCAGUAUACUUAAUUAUUUUGGAAAAACCGAGUCGAUUUCUGGUGGUUUCAACUCGCUUUAAAGGCUCCAGUGAUUUUUUGAAAAUUCCCUGUCUAAAUUGACUUUAACUUGUACGAUCGUGAUUUCUGGAGCUUAAAUAAUGGCGUGUAAUCGGUCAAAUUGGCCACCAACAAGAACCAAUCAUGAUCUUACGUGCUGAGGUUGAUUAAGGCAGAUUUUAUGGCGUUUUUUUUUUAGAAAAUUUGAAUCUCUAAAAGGUUAAAACCAGCUCCAGUCGACUCAGCAUAUUGAAAUUAAGGUAUGUAUUGAGUAGGUAGGUAAAUUUCAAAUUUCUAGGAUUCAUUUGAUAAAAUUUUGAGGAAAAUUUCAACAUUAAAAAAUCUGCCGGAGGCUCCAGAACUGCUCAAAAUGGUUCGAAACCGUUUACACUCGAUUUGGAAGGUCAACAAUUGGGUAUGCACCAAAUCAUAAGUAUAGCUUUCUAGGUCAAUUCAGAAAAAUUUUGUUUUUUUUAAAUUUUCGGCCCAAAUAAUUUGAUUUUUAAAAAUCCACCAAAAAUCGAAAAAAUAAUACACUUAAGCACUUGAAAUUUCGGAAUGGUGGCAUAUUUUUGCAUUCUCAUCUUAUCUUGUUUUGAGCAGUUGAAAUUUUUUUGACAGUUGGGAUACCUUCCUCACUUGUCAGUGCAUGGAAAGAUCGUAAUCUUUCAUAAGUUUGUCUCUAUUCAACUUAUGUAUAUUUGGAAAUGAAAAGGUUAUGCUGAAAAACUGUUUGAUAUUCUAAGGCACUUUCUUGGAAACAUGGUUUGGUUUUUCUCUUUGAUUACCUAUGUACAUGCAAUAAAUUACCAAUUCUGUU